CCGGAGCACAAACCCGCCGAGCGCGCGCCCGCCCCGCAAGUGCGCCUGCGCGGAGGCCGUGGCCGUGCCCGCUCCCGCCGGGGGCUCGUCGCUGCGCGGCCGGGCCAUGGGGGAGGCCGAGGUGGGUGGCGGCGGCGCCCCGGGCGACAAGGGGCCGGGUGAGGCGGCCACCAGCCCAGCCGAGGAGACGGUGGUGUGGAGCCCCGAGGUGGAGGUGUGCCUCUUCCACGCCAUGCUGGGUCACAAGCCCGUCGGGGUGAACCGACACUUCCACAUGAUCUGUAUCCGGGACAAGUUCAGCCAGAACAUUGGUCGGCAGGUCCCAUCUAAGGUCAUCUGGGACCAUCUGAGCACUAUGUAUGACAUGCAGGCACUGCACGAAUCUGAGAUUCUUCCAUUCCCAAACCCAGAGAGGAACUUUGUCCUUCCGGAAGAAAUCAUCCACGAGGUCCGAGAAGGAAAAGUGGUCAUUGAAGAGGAAAUGAAGGAGGAAAUGAAGGAAGAUGUGGACCCCCACAACGGGGCAGACGAUGUUUUUUCGUCUUCAGGAAGCUUGGGGAAAGCAACAGAAAAGUCCAGCAAAGACAAGAACCCUUCGGACUUGGGGUCGAAGGAAGGGGCGGACAAGCGGAAGCGCAGCCGGGUCACCGACAAAGUCCUGACGGCAAACAGCAACCCCUCCAGCCCCAGCGCUGCCAAGCGGCGCCGAACGUAGUCGUGGCUCAGCCACGGCAGGGGGCUGGGGCGCCACUGUCACCUGGCUGGACGCCCGCCGCCUGCCCUCGGGCCCACUGCGACCACCUGGGGCUCCGGGGGCCUGCUCGGGUGCAGAGAGCUGGGAGUCAGGCGUCCGGGCCCCCCCCACCACCACCACCCCACGCCCCCGGGUGAGCUCCAGCCAUGCUGGCCGCCGGCUGGGCCACAGUCGGGGCUCCACAGAGCAGAGCGCGGGGUUUGGGCAGGACAGCUGGAGUGGCAGGCAGGGUGCCUGCUGUGUCCCUGAGGAAUGCUGGUCUUGCUGGGCGACUCAGCUCUUCCCAUCUGUCCGUGUGUCCGUCUGUCAGCCGCUCUUCCUAAACCGGCUGCCCCCUCGGGAGAAAGAGACUCAGGCCACCUGCCUCCUGGCACCCGCCCGAGAAACCGAGAACUGGAUAUUUUGCCUCAUUCACUUGUACUGUAACGGUGUAUAUAAUUUGGUGGUAUUUCACUAUUUAAUUUUUAAGAAGCCUAUUUUACUAGUGUUUUAUAUGAAAAAAAUAUUGCAGAAGUUAAACCUGUGUUGUAUUUUUCCUGAGAUGCUUUGUGUUAGGUAGUGACUACUGAGACGCUUUCCGCUCGGUUUUUAUAUGCCGGAAACAGAGUUUGUAGGGCUAUUUUUCUAUCUCCCCGUAACUUGUAAACAGACCAAAUGAGUGCGUGGAGGGAGGUGCGCGGCCGGGGCGACUGAGAUGUUUUCCUUUGAGCGCCGAUCAUUAAAGCACAAAAG